AAAAGAACCUUCCAUCAAUUUCAAACCCAAACCUCAUGACGUUUCACAUCACAAAACACCAACGAAAUUCAAUAAUUUAAUCACUCAAACUAACCCCACACGCAAUUAUUGAUCCACUCUUCCUCUCACCGUUGAAUUUUCAGUUACAAAACAAGAUAAACACACACAACACACACACACAGAGCUAGGGUUUCUAGGGUUUCAAACUUUCGAAUUCCAAUCAUCCAUCGAUGAUCAUGGAAUCAUCAUCAUCAUUGUCACCGAGAUCACUGAGAUUCAUCUCGCACCAGUCGUUUUUCACAGCCGUACGAUCGAAUGAUCUAGAAUCGGUGAAACUGAUGGUAAACGACGGCGAAGGUUCCGAUACGGCGGCGAUUUCUGGUUUAAUGGCGAUGCAGAACGACGGCGGAGCUACGGCGUUGUAUGUCGCGGCGGAGAAUAACUUUCAGGAAGUGUUUGAUUACUUGAUUAGGUUUUGUGAUCUGGAAACUGUGAAGAUUAGGAAUAAAGCGGAUUCUGAUGUGUUUUCGGUUGCGGCUCAACGCGGUUAUCUAGGAAUUGUUAACAAGCUUUUAGGCCUAUGGCCCGAGCUUUGUAAAGUAUGCGAUGUGAAGAACACGAGCCCGUUGUAUUUAGCGGCCGUGAAGGAUCAUCUGGAAGUUGUGAACGCCAUUUUAGAUGCAGAUGUUACUUGCAUAAGGAUAGUGAGGAAGAAUGGUAAAACGGCAUUGCAUACUGCAGCAAGAUAUGGUAAAAUAGAUAUGGUAAAAACACUUAUUGAAAGAGAUUCAGGAAUCGUACCGAUUAAAGAUAAAAAGGGUCAAACUGCACUUCAUAUGGCUGUAAAAGGGCAGAGUACUGCUGUCGUGGAGGAGUUAUUGCUUGCGGGUCACUCCAUUUUAAAUGAGCGUGACAAGAAGGGUAACACUGCCAUUCAUAUAGCUACAAGGAAAUCCCGAUCACCGAUUGUAAGCAUGUUGCUGAGCUUCAACACAAUAAGUGUCAAUGUAAUCAAUCUUCAACAAGAAACCGCCAUGGAUAUAGCGGAUAAGCUGAGCUAUGGCCCACCAAAGUUAGCAAUCAUGGAAGCCCUCACUGAAGCUGGUGCCAAACUCGCUCGUCAUGUUGGUAGAAUCGAUGAAGAAAUGCAACUCAAAAGGACCGUUAGUGACAUCAAACAUGAUGUCCAUUCACAACUCUUACAAAACGAAAAAACACAAAGACGUGUUUCGGGUAUAGCUAAAGAACUCAAAAAGAUUCACAGGGAAGCUGUCCAAAACACUAUCAAUUCAUUAACAGUCGUUGCUGUCUUAUUCGCGUCCAUAGCUUUUUUGGCAAUCUUCAAUCUCCCCGGCCAGUAUCAGGAUUCGGGUAAACAAGCGGGUGAAGCCGAUAUUGCCCGCACUACAGCUUUUCGGGCUUUUUGUCUUUUUAACGCCACGUCACUGUUUAUAUCUCUAGCGGUUGUGGUGGUUCAAAUCACGUUGGUAGCGUGGGACACGCGGGCCCAGAGACAGAUUGUUUCGGUUGUGAAUAAGUUAAUGUGGGCAGCAGGGAUUAGUACUUGUGGUGCGUUUUGUUCGAUUGCGUUUGUGGUGGUUGGGAAAAAGGAUUCAUGGAUGGCUAUUACAAUGACUGUGGUUGGUGUCGUGACUGUUGUCGGGACACUUGCGAGUCUUUGUUAUACUAUUUUCCAGCAGCGUUAUGGGAAUAACGAUUCUCAGAGGCGGAUUAAGAGGGCGAGUGGAAGCAAAUCUUUCUCAUGGUCGUAUUCGGUUAAUAUUUCGGAUGAUGAAUCUGACCAUGACCAUGAAAAGAUAUAUGCUCUGUGAUUGUUUAGUUUGCCAUUUCGCCUUGUGGAGAUCUGUUUAUCAUGAUCCCUUAUAUAUUUUGUAGGUUAUGUACAUAUAUCGCUGUAUAGGAAUGCUGGUUUUCGUGUUUGAAUCGAUGUUCUAAACAUUGUUGUUUAAACACGGUUAUUGAAACCAUGUGUGUCGUAUUUUUGUC